AGAGCGUACGAGUGGAAGACAUUCUUGUACCACAGGUGACAGACAACUCUGCCUGUUAUAUCGUUGGUAUUACUUUAACUGGUGUUCGGUUGCAGUAUAAGAUUAUUUUUGGAGCAUAACUAUUUUAAAUACGGGAGUGGCGAAAAAUUGUGUCAAACGUGUGGAAUCAUGAUGGAAUUACAUGUAAGAUCUGAUAAAUACUUUUCUGAAAGUAAAGUCUGCUGUGUGAAUGGAAAUUGGGGGGUGGAAGAUAUAAGGUCGCAUGCUUUGGUCCACAAGUUACCACGGAAGGAACAGUUCUUAUUGUUAAUGAAACAUCCAUACACUGUGUAUUUCAAAGGUAGACUGUGCGUCUCUGUACUGAAGGGGAAUGUUGAAGUUCUAGGCUGCAGUAUGAGUGCACGAACUAGCGCUGGACGGGUAGUGUAUUCACCGAAAGGGUCCAGCAUGUUGAGCAUAGAAACCUGCUUCCCAUUUCCCCCCAAUGACCUCGAUUAUGAAGUUAUGGAUAAAAACCUGGAUGUCUUCAAUUUAGGACUUUCGGAAGACAUAAUAGCGAAAAUGCGUCACCGAGACUGCGUGAUCUUGCUAGAAGCACCACGGCCUAGUCUUCUGGAGGGCUACAUGAAGACUUUGCCGCCAUUUAUGCAUUUAUUUACAUUUACUGAAAUGAAAGAAAGGAAUGCCAAAGAAAGAGAAGGUAGCCCUUUUUACAAAGUAGAAGAGAUGUUGCAAUGUGUGUUUGAGUUACCACAUACGGCCAGACACAUGAAACGACAUCGGAAAGGCCCCGACUGGGAUGAAACUGCUAAUAGCAUAAUCAAGGAGUCAUCUUGCACAGUGGUGUGUGGUGGGAAAGGUGUCGGCAAGUCAACCUUCGUUCGGUUUCUGAUCAAUCGGAGCCUGCCAUUGUUUGGACAGGUCUUGUGCUUGGACUUUGACCCUGGACAGCCAGAGUUUACCAUUCCAGGUUGUGUGUCUGCUGUUAUUGUUAAGGAGCCACUUCUGGGACCAAGUUUCACACACCUCAGUACACCAGAAUGCAUGGUAUUUAUUGGGGAGGUAAACAUCUCCCAGUGCCCUGCCCAGUACAUGGAGAGCGUUCAGUAUGUAACAUCUUACUGCCACUCUCAACCUGAGCUGAUGAGGAUGCCAUGGAUUGUCAACACAAUGGGUUUCAAUAAAGGAGUUGGUGUGGACAUAACAACAUCCGUGAUCCGCUUGCUAAAACCACAGCAUGUGAUUCAAAUCCAGAGUGUGAAUGCUGAGUUCAACUUCCCUGAACUGCUGUGUCCAUCAUAUGUGUGUAGCUACCAGAACAGAUUCUGUGAGCUGCCUUCUGGUCCAUGUGAUUCUUUGCAGUAUGUCCUACAUACCAUGAAGACAGUGGCAGAAGACAGGAAAGCAAUGUCACCUUGGGGCAUGGGAGCACCACAGUUACGAGAGGCUGUGAUACUGUCAUAUCUCAGUCAGAUGGUGCAGCCACCGAAAUAUAUCCUCACAGAAACAGUGCCAUACAUGACCCUAUUCUCCAAGGUCACACUGUGUGUGUGCCAUGUAAAGCUGCCAUUCUAUCAGAUACUCAGUGCUUUUAAUGGAAACUUGGUGGCCCUGUGCUCUUACAGUGGUACCAUGACCCUAUUGCCAGAUGAUCCACAACUGCCCUCUGUUUUAGGACAACAGCCAGUCUGCCCUUGUUUGGGGUUUGGUGUGGUACGAGGCAUUGAUAUGCAAGAGAAGCGUCUGUUCCUAAUUACUCCAAUUCCAGAAGUCAUAUUGAGUAGUGUUAACUGCCUGAUGCUGGGAACAGUCAUGCUUCCCAGUUAUGUAUAUGUUCAUGCUAGCGAACAUGAGGGUGAAAUACCCUAUGUGGCUACUGGACUGGGCCAUCCACUGAGUAAGGUAGCUGGUCGCUUUUUUCGUCCAUUGAAACCUGCAUAUGGCACCAGGAAAAAAUAGUUUCACUGUGUGUAACUCAUCACUGCAUAUGUUCUAACAGUUUUUGUGAUCUAUGUUACAAAUGAAGAAAAUAAACUGUUUUUAAUAUAAGUCAAUAAAACAAACAUGGUUGGUUCUGUU